AUGCCCAGGGAGAUAAUCAACUUGCAAGUAGGGCAGUGCGGCAACCAAGUUGGCAGUGAGUUCUGGCGAAAGCUGUGUCAAGAGCAUGGCAUAGCGAAGGAUGGACGGCUUGAGGACUUCGCAACGCUGGGAGGCGACCGGAAAGAUGUGUUCUUCUACCAGGCGGAUGAUGAGCAAUACAUUCCCCGUGCCAUCCUCCUUGACUUGGAGCCACGGGUUAUCAACGGUAUCCAAACGUCGGAUCUACGAAACCUAUUCAACCCUGAAAACAUCUUCAUAUCGAAGGAGGGCGGUGGCGCAGGGAACAACUGGGCGAGCGGCUACACACAGGGCGAAGCAGUACAGGAAACGCUCCUAGACAUGAUUGAUCGCGAGGCUGAGUACUGCGACAGCCUCGAAGGCUUCAACAUGUGCCACUCCAUCGCCGGUGGUACGGGCUCGGGCAUGGGGUCGUACAUGCUAGAGCUGCUCAGCGACCGAUACAGCAAGAAGCUCAUCCAGACAUACAGUGUCUUCCCAAAUCAGUCCGAGUCCAGUGACGUUGUCGUACAGCCGUACAACUCACUGCUUACGCUUAAACGACUCACGUUGCACGCCGACGCGGUUGUGGUGUUAGACAACACAGCGCUCGAUAAGAUCGCUGUGGAACGACUACACCUGCAUAAGCCGGACGUACAACAGAUCAACAGCCUCAUCGCCACGGUCAUGGCUGCAUCAACAACCACACUUCGGUACCCAGGUUACAUGAACAACGACCUAGUGGGUCUGGUGGCGUCGCUCAUCCCGACCCCGCGCUGCCACUUCCUCAUGACGGGCUACACGCCACUUACAGCGGAGAACGCAGCUGGGCAGGUCACAUCCAAUAUCCGCAAGACAACCGUGUUGGAUGUGAUGCGGCGGUUACUGCAGCCCAAGAACAUCAUGGUGUCGACGCAUACGAAGUCGCGGGACAUGAGCUCGGCCAAGUACAUCUCCAUUCUCAACAUCAUACAGGGCGAGGUGGACCCCAGCCAGGUGCACAAGAGCCUGCAGCGCAUUCGCGAACGGCGCCAGGCCAACUUCAUCGAGUGGGGUCCAGCGAGCAUCCAGGUUGCGCUGUCCAAGAAGAGUCCUUACGUGCAGACCGCCCACCGUGUGAGCGGGCUGAUGCUGGCAAACCACACGUCCAUCCGGCACCUCUUCGCCAAAGUGCUCCGGGACUAUGAAAAGCUAAUGGGUCCGAAGCAGCGACAAGCAUUCUUGCAAGCGUACAAGGAGGUACCCCGUUUCGCCGACGGUGGGGGCACGGUGCUUUUGGAGGAGUUCCACGAUGCGAAGGAGGUAGUCACGGAGUUGGCUUCCGAGUACGCUGCGUGCGAGUCCGCGGACUACGUGAGUAGUCAGGGCCGGGGCGCCGGAAAUGGAAGCUCUCGCAUGUGUCCCGUUUAUUUGUGCGCCUGA